UUUCAUUCCACCUGCGAAGAGAAAAAACAAACGCAAUUGUGAUUAAUAACAAUCACAAAAAUUAUUUAAAUCCCAAAUUACCCUUCUCUCAAAAUGGCCGUGGAAAGCUUGAUCUCACUCGUGACAUUCAUUUCCACAAUCCUCCUCCUGGAAAAUGACCAGAAUGCCCUCAUCACCACCACCUGCAAGAACACCCCCAACUACCCCCUCUGCGUCUCCACCCUACAGUCCGACCCCCGGAGCUCCGCCGCCGGCGCCGACGUCGAGACCCUCUGCCACGUCAUGGUCUCAGCCGUCCGGUCAAGGGCCGACGAGGUGACGCGUGUCACGAUCCCGGAGCUCAGGAUCGCUCAGCCCCGGUGGGGCGGCCCGCUCAGCCAGUGCUACUUCUUCUACGACGCCGUUCUGAGGGCAGACAUGCCGCAGGCGGAGGCCGCCCUCAAGAGCGGCGUCCCGAAGUUUGCGGCGGCAGGGAUGUCUGACGCCGCCAAGGAGGCGGAGAACUGCGAGGCUGCGCUGAGGGACGGUGGAAUUACGGAUUCGCCCCUGCGGGGUAUCAAUCAGAAUGUCGUGGAACUAUCUGUUGUAGCCAAUUCGAUCAUCAAGACCUUGUUAUGAGCUGAGCCUUUUCUUUAAUCAUAUCACAUUUACGUGAUUUCUAAAGUCUGCAUACACAUCUUUUUUAAGUACCCCUCUAUUAUUAUACUUCCUCCAUCCCAUAAAACCUUUCUCCUUUCUUUUUUCAUCCGUCCCAUAAAACACUUCUCAUUUC